AUGGCACGCACAAGCACCGCAGCAGCAGAUGUGCAGGCAGCAGAGGCACGGCGGCGGAGCUCACAGCUGGACGACUUGCCCAUGUACUUCCCAGAGUUUGACAGGCCCGCGCGCAGAGGCUCCAUGAUGAUGCCUGCAGCGCUUCCCAGGGAGUGCAAGCCCGACGAUGAGGAUUCCCAAAGCAGUUCAUCGGGGACAGUGUAUGAUGCCGAGGAUGAGGAGGAACAUAGACAUCGUCCAUUCUUCCGGCGCAAGUACUUUUCUAGGCUGGUGCUCCCCUUCCUGGCCAGCCUGGCCCUCUUCUUGGCUGGCAUCCUCGUCUAUGUCCUCAAGCCGCAUCUGGCAUUGUGGAAGUUUGAGGCCUGGCGAUGGCUGGUGUUCAUUGCUGGCACUGUCCCCCUCUAUGGCAUCAGCAGGCUGGUCAUGUACCUGCUUGUGGUCGGCCUGGAAAGCAACUUUGUUGCAAAGGGAGCCCUGUACUAUGUGGUUGGCCUGCGGAAAUGGCUGCAGCGGACGCUCUGCGUGGCGUUCUUCAUGGCCCUCUUUGCCGGGCUGUUCCAGCAGUCUGUCAAUCAGACUAAGGACCCGGAUCUGAUUGACGCAUACUGGAUCAUCAUGAAGACAGCAGGCUGCAUCCUGCUGGCCUGCUCCGCCAACGUCCUCAAGACGCUCUUUGCCAAGCUCAUGAGCAACCACUUCUACAGGGACUCCUACUUUGACAAGAUGCAGGAUGCCCUGUGCAAGGAGUAUUUCUUGGUGGCGCUCGCACAGCAGCGGCCCAGCACUGAUGACAACAGCCCCACGGUGGCCAAGUCAGGCGUCAGCGCUGCAAUGGGCAAACUGGCGGAGUCCAUCCGAGCAGCAUCGCAUGCGGUGCUGCCGCGGCUGAGCCCGCGGCCGACGUCGCCGCGGAGCGAGCCGGGCGGGCGGCGUCGCGCGUCAAGCAGCGACAGCGACCGCCACUCGGUGCUCAGCCGCGCCAGCCACCUCAGCGAGGCCCAGCGCAGCCUGGCCAGCAUCACCAGCCUCAUGAGCAGCGACAUGCGCCGCGCCCGCCCGCAGCGCACCCGCCGCCAGUCGCAGAUCGAGUACGAUGAUGUGGUCCCGGUGCUGCCGGCCAAGUCAGCGACCAACAACAACAACAGCUUUCUGGACCGGCUGCACCGUGUGGAGAAGCAUCUGCGCAAGAACAAGCUAAAGCUGACGCUGACAGAGCGCCUGGGAGCCGCGCACAAGGCUGAUGAGGUGUCCAGCCAGGAUGAGGCCAAGAAACUGGCCUUCUACCUUUUUUGGAACUGCAAAUCAUCCUUUGAGAGCACCUUUGUGGAGCUGGAGGACUUGCAGGUCUUUCUGCCAGAGGAGCAGGCGCGGGAAGCGCUGGAUGCAUUCGACUGUGACGCUGAUGGCCAUAUAAGCUCAGAUGAUAUGAAAGAGGCAGUGCUGCAGAUAUAUGACAAUCGCAAGAAUCUGUCAGCGACGCUGAAGGACACAAAGACGAUUGUGGGCAAGCUGGAGCGCCUGCUGGGCAUCUGCUUCCAGCUCCUGUUCAUCUUCUUCUACCUCGCCAUCUUUGAUGUGAAUCUGACACGUACCUGGCUGACUGUGUCCAGUCUGCUGCUCUCUUUUGUCUUUGUGUUCGGGAACAGCAUCCGCGCCAUCUAUGAGAGCGUGGUGUACCUCUUCGUAGUGCGCCCUUUCGACGUGGGCGAUGUGAUCCUGCUCGGACCCGCACAGGACUGGUGCACGGUGGAGGAGAUAACGCUGAUGAAUACAAUCUUCAUCAAGUGGGAGGGCAGCCGCAUCCUCUGCCCCAACGCCAAGCUUUCAGUUGAUCUGCUCACCAAUGUGACGAGAUCCCAAAAGAAGGGAGAGACCUUCAAGGUUCUUAUUGAUAUCGGGACAUCCUCUGAAGUAUUCGACCGCAUGGAUGAGGCAAUUGGGAAGCAUGUGAAUGCAAACCCCCAGGACUUCUCUGGCGAGUACAGUGUGCAUUGCAACAUCGGCGCAGACCCCAUGAAGCUUUCUAUGGUGAUCUGGUGGUCCUACCUCUACAAUGCCACGAGCGGGCGCAUGCAGGCUGCGCGGACGCAGCUGCUGUUGGCGAUCAAUGAGCAGCUGCGCAGCGAGGGUGUACUGUACACUCUGCCGCCCUACCAUUCCAGCAGCGGGCCCAAUGCACCGGCAUACCCUCCAGAAGGCGUGCCAGAGCCUGCCCCUGGAGUCCUUCCCCACUUCAGGAAAGACGGAGGCUGA